AAAACAAGAUCGCAUCUUUGUGAUGUGUCGGUGUGUCGUUGCCCUGCGAUUGAGAUAAUGUCUAAUCAGUUGUCUUAAGAUUUCUUCGGGUGCAGGCACUGAUCCCAUCGUCCCAGAUAGAGGUAGCUCGUCAAGAUCGGUGUAGAACAAAGGUUCCCCCAGAAGCAAAGUGGGGUGCACAUAUUUACGUAGUCACUUUGGACAGUGUUAGAGAAUUUGUGGUUCUUAGACCACAAUCUAUCAAUUGUAUUUUUGUUUACACGUGCAUCGGAUCCGUCCGAAAUAAGCUGAAUAUCUCAGCCAGAUCUUUGGCGCUUAUCGGAGUGCCUAGCGUCUGCCUUAAUUGAACCAAUAAAAUAAUACAAAGCGUCAUUUAAAACGCCCGAUGGCGUUGAUUUUUCCCGACGAGCAGUUAGUUCAUCUCUGUGCUGCAGAGCAGGCAGUCGUGUCAGUCUGUAAAAAUGUCCACCGAAAACCCAGCAAGUUGCGUUUCCACGCUGGACCUUAGUGGUGGCGAAAAUCGGGGAAACCCGGAGGAAUCUCAUUCCAGGGGCGUAAGGAGCGGCUCCAAGGUGCUACGCUUCAUCUGGCACACGCUGUAUAGCCAGUACAAUCAGGUCUGCUCGAGAUCCCAGACUCUGAGGCAACUGGUUUGCAGGGAAGCCAACAAACCACUGCCCAAGAAACUCAGACACACCAUGCGACUAAAUAAGUCGGCCAAGCGAAAGGGCUACGAGUUCUACAUAAGCGACGAGGACAGGAGUAUACCUACCGGAAUUCCGAACUGUCCGCGCGGAUUGGAGUACCUUACGACUAUCGACCAGCUUUUAGUUAAGCAGAAGGUCGAGCUGCUCGAGGCCUUCACAGGCUUCGAGACCAACAACAAGUUCACGAUCAAGAACGCCCUGGGUCAGAAGGUCUAUUUCGCGGCGGAGGACAACGACUGCUGCACGCGCAAUUGUUGUGGUCCUGCGCGACCAUUCGAUAUGCGGGUCUUUGAUAACUUCCAGCAGGAAGUGAUCCACAUGCACCGCCCGCUGGCCUGCUCCUCCUGUCUGUUUCCCUGCUGUCUGCAGAGUAUCGAGGUCUCGGCACCACCCGGCAAUGUUAUCGGCACCAUUGAGCAGGAGUGGUCCAUCUGUUCGCCAUCCUUCCGCAUUCUUAACCACGUGGGUGACACGGUGAUGCGCAUCGAAGGACCUUUCUGCACAUUUUCGCUCUGCGGCGACGUCGAGUUCAAUGUUGUUUCGCUCACUGGUGAGAAGAUCGGCAAGAUCUCGAAGCAGUGGUCGGGCCUGGCACGUGAAAUUUUCACGGAUGCGGACUUCUUCGGCAUCAAUUUCCCACUGGACUUGGAUGUGCGCAUGAAGGCCGUUCUACUCGGCGCCACAUUCCUCAUAGAUGCCAUGUUCUUUGAGAAAGCCGGAAAUCAAGAGACCGAUAGGCCCGGAAUGCUUUAGGAAUCAGGUGGUGGCUUGUGCGAGGAUUGUUUAUGCGUGGCAACCGAUUGUUGUGGCGUCUGUGGCGAUUGCGAUUGCGACGAUUAAAUAUUGUGCAUUAUCUUGAGUUGCAACUUUAUCCAAAUAUCUUCCCGGUAAACUGUCGCUUACUAGUCAUCUGAUGAAAAUGGAUCGCACUAAUGAAACUCCUUGUUAAUUUUGAUGAACAUACUGAACUCAGGCUUCCUUCGAGAGGACAUUGCCAGAAUAUAAAACUAAUUUUAAGUUGGCAUUUUUUGCUAUUUCGCCUCAUCAACGACUUGUGUAAAGUAUUCAACGACAAAUCUGCUUUAUUUAUGAAUUUAUAUGGAUGCUCUGAAGCGACAACUAACUAACGAAAGAUUCGUUACUGAAACUUGUACUUUAAACUGUAUGUUGAGUGUCUUAUGGAUAGAAGAAUAUAUUUAACAUUGUGUAUUGUUAAGCAUCAGUAAAUUUAUAUAUACCCCUAUGGAACAGUGGGUUUUCUUUUUAUGUAUUACAACAAAACUUAAAUAAAUCAUAUACUUGUUAACGAUGAAUUGCUGGGACCCCCAGAUAAAUUCAUAAUCCGCAAUAAUAA